AUGAGAAAGCAUGGGCCGGAGAGAGCGGUAACGAACCCUUCCCUCGCCCCACGCACGGGGCUCCCUCUGAACAGAACAGCGUCUAACCGACUCCCCCGCGGCGAGAAAACAGAUAUCUUCCCCGUCAGCAAAUCGCUCGACUCGGCCCUGAAGAAGAACACCGCCUUCAUCAAGCGUCUGCGCACGGGCAUCAACGCCGCCUCGCAAGCGACCUUCCUAACCGACAUCCGCACCCUGUCGCUGCACAAAUACCUGUCGGAGAUCAUCUCGGCCUGCUACGAGGGGCUGUGCAAGCUCAAGUCCCCGGGCGAGAUCGCCACGGGCGUCGAGAUCACCAGCGCGCUGCACCAGCGCUUCGGCCCCGCCGAGUUCACCCGCCAGAUCGGCUGGCUGCUGGGCCGCGGCCUCAGCACUCCGGACAAGGGCCAGCUGAAGGCGCUGAGCCAGGAGGUGCGCGAGCGCGAAGAGAAGGAGCGCCUGUCGCGGCAUCGCGUGCUGCUGCGCGUCGUCACCGAGCUGUGGCUGGUCGGGGUGCUGCGCACGCUGGAUGACAUCGAGCGACCGGAGGAUGUGGGCGCAAAGGGCGUCAAGGACGGCGGCUUGGGUAUCGCCGGCAAGGACGGUCCGUCCAAGGUGAAAGCGGCUGCGCCGUCGGCGCCCCGCGACCACGACAAGGACGCUGAGCCGUUUCCGCUCGAGGUGCUCAAGGACCUGCUCGGGCAUGACCGCGACCAUGCUAACCUGCCGCUGGCUGUGUUGUUUGUGAAGAGCUUCAGCUGGGAUAUUCUGGGUGUCAAGCCGGCGGACGAGGGCCGGAAGACGGUCGAGGCGGAUGGAGCGACGACGUCGACGGACGCGGCGAACGGCGCAGGUGGAGAGGAUGCUGCGGAUGGGGCGGCAGUUGGUGACAACGACCCCCCGCUCACCCCGGAAAAGACCCAGCUGCGGUUCAAGAGUAUCCUCAACCGGUACCUGGAGGAUGUCAAGGCGCAUGUGGUCCGCGACCAGAGGGCGUUGGCGGCGCAGAGCCGGCGCAACGCGGAGGCGUACGUGAAGAGCGGGGAGAUAUUCGAGGAUCGCCAAGCCAACUUUGAGAAGCAGACCAAAUCACUGGAGAAGCUGAUCGCCAACACCCAGGUUCUGUGCGAGGCGCUGGGGGCGGAAAUGCCCGCCCUCGCCGAACAGGAGUCUGCGGAUGCUACGUCGAGCGGAGGGAUUGGCCUGGUGAAGACGUCCGAGUAUCUGAGAGGUCAGGGCGAGGGCGCUGGGAUCUGGGAGGACGAGGAGGAGCGGCGAUUCUACGAGAACCUGGUCGACCUUAAGGGUAAAGUCCCUGCGGUGCUGCUGGAGGACGGCAAGAAGAAGAAGGGCGAGGCGGACGAAGGCGCAAAGAAGAAGGACGGCGAGACAGCUGCGGAGCCUGCCGCAGAGAAGACUGAGCCGUCGGACGAGAAAGCGGCCGCAGACGCCGACGAUCAAUCUACGGCUAUUGCGAGCAGGACCGUUGGCGCGCAGGUGGAUGCGCUUCUGGCCAAACUGCCCGACCUGCAGACCAAGGACCAAGUCGAUCAGCUGGCUCUGGACUUUUGCUUUGUCAAUUCGAAGGCGUCGAGGAACAGGCUCAUCAAAGCGGUAUCGGACGUGCCCAAGGGGCGUAUCGACCUUUUGCCUCUGUACUCUCGUCUGGUGGCAACGCUCGGCCAGUAUCUUCCCGAUAUUCCCCAAGGGUUGACUACGUAUCUCGACGAGGAGUUCCGCAGCCUGCAGCGCCGCAAGUCCAAGGAAUUUCUUGGCCAGGUCCGCAUGAGCAACGUCCGCUACCUCGCCGAGCUGACCAAGUUUGGUGUCGUCCCGGAGCAUAUCAUCUUCCACUGCUUCAAGGUCUCGCUUGACGACUUUUCACGGGUGAACAUCGAGAUCAUCGGCCAUCUCUUGGAGAACUGCGGACGCUACUUACUCCGCAACCCGGAAACCUCGCCGCGAAUGGCCUCGUUCCUCGAGACGCUCGGACGUAAGAAGACCGUGCAGCAUCUGAGCCAGCAAGAGCGGAUGAUCAUCGAGAACGCCGUCUACUAUGUGGAUCCGCCCCCUCGGCCUGCGAUCCAGCAGAAGGAGCGCACGCCUAUGGAAUCCUUCAUUCGGAAGUUGAUCUAUCUGGACAUGAACAAGCGCAAUUACACGAAAAUACUCAAGUCGAUCCGGAAGCUUCACUGGGAGGAGCAAGAUGUUGUCUGCAUCCUGGAGCGCGUGUUCAGCAAGCCCGUCAAAGUGAAAUACGGCAACAUCCACCUGCUUGCAAUCCUGGUGAGCGCUCUGUAUAGGUAUCACCAGAAUUUCGUCAUCGGUGUUGUGGACAAUGUCCUUGAACAGAUUACGCUGGGACUGGAGCAGAACGACUUCAAGUUCAACCAGAAACGUAUCGCGGAAGUCAAGUACCUUGGAGAGCUCUACAACUACAAGAUGAUUGAUUCUCCUGUGGUCUUUGAUACGCUGUACCGCAUCGUCACGUUCGGCCAUGAAGGUGGAACGCCGAUGCCCGGGAAGCUGAACCCGCUGGAUCUGCCAGAUGACUUUUUCCGUGUUCGACUGGUGUGUACUCUGUUGGACACUUGCGGACAUUGCUUCGAUCGUGGGUCUGCAAAGAAGAAGUUGGACUUCUUCUUGACUUUCUUCCAGUACUAUAUGUUCACCAAGGACCCGUUACCUAUGGACAUCGAUUUCCUCGUCAAGGACACAUACUCAAUGACUCGUCCACAGUGGAAGUUGGCCACCGAUUUGGAAGAAGCCACUGCGUUGUUCAGUGAGGCUGUGGCCCAGAACUUCAAGACGCAAGACUCCGAGCGACCUGUGGAACCCGACGAAGACGACGCUGAGAGCAGUUCAUCGGAUGAUGACCUAGAGGAAGACGCCAUGCCCGAGGUAGACGAAGAGCAGGAAUCCAGCGACGAGGCUGAGGCAUCUGCCCCCAACGCCGAGCACAAUGACGAGAGCGAUUCCGAAGAAGAACAGAUCUUCGUCACCCGCCAGGAAGAGGAGCGCGACCCGGAAGCCGAAGCCGAGUUCGAUCGGGAGUUUGAGAAGAUGAUGUCCGAGAGUUUGGAGUCUCGCAAGUUUGAGCGCAAGGGGAUUUUCGAUAUCCCGCUGCCAAUGCGGCGCUCUGCCCGUGAGGGUAGCGCCGCCGAGAAUCCCGCAAAUGAGCAAGCCGAGGCACCUCAGAGGACCAUGGCGUUUUCGUUGAUGACCAAGAAAGGAAACAAGCAGCAGACACGUACCAUCGAUCUGCCGUCUGACUCCAGCUUUGCGGUUGCGAUGCGCAGCCAGCAACAAGCGGAUCGCGAAGAGCAGCAGCGCAUCAAGAGUCUGGUCCUUAAUUACGAGAUGACCAACGAGACUGAAACUAGUGAUGGCCUCGAGAAACGCCCGGCACGGGAUGCCCGCCUGGACAAAUCUGGCGCCAACCGCUCCGCAUUUCGUUCACGGAAACUCCAGCUCAGCGACGUCAACUGGUAG